GUCAUUUCCUCUUUUCUUCCACGCAUAACGACAACAUUAAAUAACGACGUUUCGUUACCACAUUCUGUAACGUCAGAGUGUCGCUAUUCUGAGUUAGAGAAUCGCGUAGUUGGUAUCAAUAUCUCGUUACACACGACGAAAGUCGGUAUUGUUACCGUAACGUCAUGUAUCGUUAUAAUUAUAACGAGUUACAGAAUCCCGCUACUGUAGCGGGAUUCUGUAACUCGUUAUGCCGUCGUUAUGUGCUCAUAACGACAAUUGUCGAAGCGUCUGAAGUGUCGAAGUGAUGAGUGUGUUCAUUUAAGAAGGUCUUCACAUGUAUACAUCGUAAACAUAUAUUAAAAGAAAAAUUAACACUUAAGGAACUCGAGGACAUGGCCCUUGAGUAUUUGGCGUGGGAAUUAGGAUUAGUGGUUGAAAGAGUGCGUCGAACGGCGUGUGGCAAGAAGGCAGCUGAGAGAUGCUCAAAACCCUUUUCACAUCCCACGAGAUGAAUUCAUUGACUAUUUUCGCCUUACUCCUGAACUGGUAAUCGACAUUGCAACUGCAUUAAGGGUUGAUUUACAGAAUGAACGACUUACUGGCUUAGUGCCAGAAAUAAAGGUGUUGAUAGCCAUACAAUUUUAUGCGCAAGGCAGCUAUCAAAGAAGCGUUGGCAAUCAAUUCCAAUGGAUUGUUAGCCAAUCAACAACAAGCCGUUGCCUCCAUGCCGUAACUGAAGCGAUUAAUCGGCGCUUGCUGCGUAGAUGGGUAAAAUUCCCGAUGACCGAAGAAGAUCGACAGCAAGCGCGUGCAAAAUUCUCCGCUGCUAUUUACCCAUUCGAAGGUGCUAUCGCUGCUAUAGACUGUACUUUUAUUCAUAUUAUAGCCCCUCAUGAAAAUGAAGAGGCGUUCAUUAAUCAUCACGGUCACCAUUCUUUGAAUGUGCAAGCGAUUGUUGAUCCAGAUGAAGCUGCUUAACAUCAAUCCACGAUAUCCAGGUGCACGAAACGACUCAUACAUCUGGAGUACAUCACCAAUUCGUCGAGCAAUGGAAUUUCAUUAUAAUCGAGGAGAAUGGAAAACUUGGCUGAUCGGCGAUGCUGGAUACCCUUUGGAACCGUGGCUCAUGACACCAUUGGUCGAUUUUCCUGAAAAUACCCGACAAUUUCAUUAUACGCAACAGCUCUGUAAGGCAAGAAACGUUGUUGAACGUUUUUUUGGUGUCUUCAAAUCUGUAUGGAGAUGUCUUUCCUAUCAGCGUGUACUGAUGUAUAGGCCAGCAUUUGCUGCAAAAAUAGUUAAUGCAUGUGCAGUACUGCAUAAUAUAAGAAUUCAACACCGUUUGCCUGUUGAAGAAUUGGAAGCACCAAUAGCUGCUGAUAAUGGUGAAUAUGAAAAUGCUGGGCUCAUUGAUAACGAAGAUCUACAUCAAAGAGGACCGCGCGCUUUAGCUCAAAGAAUACAACGCCAAAUUAUGAGAAAAAGAUUUCCUAAUUAUCGAGAUGCACAAGAUGAAGAGCGUGCUGAAAAUGAUUAAAUGUUUUUUUUACUUAUCCCCUAUUGUUUGACGCUUUAAAUGAGAAUAUUGAUUCCGAAUGGCUUUCGAAGCCAUAAACAUUUUGUGACUCAGAAUAAAUGUUUCAUCGUCUGAAUUCAAUUACAAAUAUUUAUAUAAAUAUGUGUGCGUAAAG